UUGCCUUCUCCCCACUAUAAAAACCCCCCACCACAUUUCCCUUCUUCCAUUCUAACCUCUUUUUCUUUCCUUCAAUUUCUCUUUUCAUUUUCCCAUGGCCAAGGAGCUCGAAGAACUCCAAGAAUGCGACGUCAUUUUUCCCGAUCAAAUGGGUCGCCAUAACAAGUCCAAGAAGUCCAACACCGAGAAGAGAAUGGCCAACUCGCCUCCCCUCGGUAUCCCGGAUAGAAUAUUCCACCGCUUGGUUAGCGAUGACCUUGACGACGCAAGGGAAGACGGGGAAAUGGUACCUCCCCACGUUAUCAUAGAGCGGCGAAUCGCCGGGAAAAUGGCGUUCUCGCUUUGCACCGGCAACGGGAGGACUCUCAAGGGCCGGGAUUUAAGCCAUGUUCGGAAUUCGAUUCUCAGAAUGACUGGCUUUUUGGAAACGUGACGACUGCUUUAAUCUAUGAGUCUAUACCAUUACCUGUAUUAAUCCAUGGCCGCAAGGCCGCGACUACUCUUUUUUUUUUUUUUUUUUUUCAAAGAAAUGUUAUGCGGUAGUGAAAAGGAAAAUACUUUCAUUCGGCA